UUGCUUCGUAUAGCAACAUCACGUGACGCUUAGUCAGGUCUAUAGGGCACACAUUUAGCGAGAGGAAGCCAAAAAUCGGCGCACCACCACCACCACUAGUCUAUACAAGUACACCUCGACUCUUUGAGGAUAAUCCGACAUCUCGUCAUAUCAAAACACCAACAAAAUGUCGGACGGAGAAGAGACCCAAUCCAACCCCCCCGUUGCCGCCGAUGAGGUCGAGGUUUCGGCCGACGCUGGCGCCGGUGGCCAGAUGUCCGUCCUGGAUGCCCUGAAGGGUGUUCUCCGCAUCUCCCUGAUCCACGACGGUCUUGCCCGUGGUCUGCGUGAGGCCGCCAAGGCCCUCGACCGUCGUCAGGCUCACAUGUGUGUCCUGAACGAGGGCUGCGAGGAGGAGGCUUACAAGAAGCUCGUUGUUGCUCUGUGCUCUGAGCACAAGAUCCCCCUCAUCAAGGUUCCCGAUGGAAAGAUGCUUGGCGAGUGGGUUGGUCUUUGCCAGCUCGACCGCGAAGGCAACGCCCGCAAGGUCGUCAACUGCUCUUGCGUCGUCGUCAAGGACUGGGGUGAGGAGUCCCAGGAGCGUUCCGUCCUCCUCAACUACUUCCAGACUGAGCAGUAAAUUGCUCUCUUUGGCGUAGUUCCUCUUCGGGGUCAGGGUGAUCUGUGAUUGGAAUCUACAUGGGUGUGUUCAUGUGCAAGGGAAUAAGAAUAUGGUUGAUGGAUUGAGGAUUGUGAAUUUGGUUUUACGGUGCUUGGGUUUGUCGGUCUUCACUUUUGUUUGUCACUCUGGUUUGAGUGCGGAUGGGAGUGGUUCUUGUUCUCGGUGUGUGUGUGGAUGCGUGCGCCCUGCGCCUCUGCUUAUUGUGGUGGGGGUGGUUGCUGGGCUGGGCUGGCUGGUUUGUUGUAUAUGAUAAAUGGCUGGUUUGGUCUGGUGGUGUGGAAUCCAAUUGAGAUUAUGGGCUCUGGACUUUUUCUUUCUAUGUUUUUUUGUCUUUGGGACGUA